AUGGGCGCGUGCGGUUCCUCGUGCAACGGCAGCGGCCACUCUGAAGAAACGCAGAGACCGAAAGGAAGCUUGGAGGUGGAAGAUCCCGUGUUGGCAGCAUUGAUGAAGUUUGACGUGAACGGCGACGGGCUGACCAAGGAGGAGUUCAAGCAAGCAUUGCGCGCAUUCAGAUUCUCGAUGUCUUCCCAAAAGUGUAGAGCAAUCCGCGAGAGGACAUUCGCAGAUUGCGAUGCAGAUGGUAAUGGCAGGCUCAGCGUGAAGGAGCUUGCAAGUGGCAUGCCAGUCACGCUUCGCAACAAAAUCCAGAAAAAGCUUGACGAAGGGUGGGCCUUCGAUCCGUCCAAGUGGGAAUAG